GUAAACACUUAACUUACAAAUAUAAUGGUUUUUGGGAUCCCCCUGUAUUUCUAUUAAAGGGUGCCGUAUGAACUCUAAACAUUUGUGACUUGUGUACUCACACACACUCACACCUCCCGCAUUUAUUAUUGUUACCACGUCCACAGAAGCUGCAGGAGACAACCCCCCGGCCCUCCAGUCCAGUUGUAUUUUAGCUUCACUCCACUUAGCACACAUACAGGACAUACAGACACUGGCAGUAUCAUGGCGUUUAGACAGAACGAUCAACAUUUCUCCACCAAGGCCCUGCACGUGGGCCAGGAGCCGGAGCAGUGGACCAGCAUGGCCGUGGUCCCGCCCAUCUCCUUGUCCACCACCUUUAAACAGGACGGACCUGCUGACUACAAGAAGUACGAGUACGGGCGAAGUGGAAAUCCAACUCGUGAUGUUCUAGAGAAAUGUCUUGCAUCCUUAGACGGAGCCAAGCACGGUAUCACCUUCUCCAGCGGGCUGGCGGCUACCACAACCAUCACCCACCUCCUCAAUGCCGGGGACCAUAUCGUCUCUAUGGACGAUUUAUACGGAGGAACCAACCGGUAUUUCCGCAAGGUUGCCUCCAGGAUGAAUAUUGAAACCUCGUUUGUUGAUGCUACUGAUCCUGCCAAGGUUGCGGCUGCCCUCCGUCCCAACACUAAAAUGGUUUGGAUUGAGACUCCGACCAACCCAACGCUGAAGGUUGUUGAUGUCCGAGCUGUGGCUGAUGUGCUCAAGGAUCGCAAGGAUAUCUUCCUUGUUGUUGACAAUACAUUCGAGUCCGCCUACUUCCAGCGCCCCCUGGAGCUAGGAGCUGAUAUAUCCUACUACAGUCUUACUAAAUACAUGAACGGACACUCCGACGUGAUCAUGGGAGCCUUGACAACAAACUCUGAUGAUCUGCACGAGAGGUUGAGGUAUCUCCAGAAUGCAAUUGGACCUGUACCAAGCCCGUUUGAUUGUUAUCUAGUCAACAGAUCCUUGAAAACUCUCCGUCUUCGGAUGGAGCAGCAUCAAAAGAAUUCUCUGGAGGUUGGACGCUGGUUGGAGAAACAUCCUGCUGUAGAAUCCGUUCUUCAUCCUGGUCUACCCAGCCACCCCCAGCAUCAUAUAGUGCUCAAGCAGUGCUACGGACACUCAGGGAUGAUCUCCUUCUACUUAAAAGGGAAACUAGCGGAGAGCAGGAAACUUCUGUCCUCUCUAAAGUUGGUGACUCUGGCUGAGUCUCUGGGUGGGUAUGAGAGCUUGGCUGAGCUUCCGUACUUGAUGACUCACGCAUCCAUCGAGGAGAAGGAGAGAGUUGCUCUAGGCGUCACGGAGAACUUAAUCCGUGUCAGUGUUGGUCUAGAGGACGUCAAUGAUAUCAUUGAGGAUCUUGAUCAAGCUCUUCGCGCUGCUGUCAAGUGCUAAACCAUCUCUGAUCAAGUUGGGUUCGCACAAUGGAUGGGUUCCAACAUUUGUCGGAUGAAUGUUGGUGCCUUUUCUAUGUAAAGAUGUAUUUUUAUAUCAGUCCUGCUAGCUCUGACUAAAAUACUACCAUAUGUUUAAUUUCUGUUUAAAGAAAAAUAAAAUGCAAUUUGAUA